AUGAACGGCUUCGGAGCCAAACGACGAGCCGGCAGUCCCGCAGAUGGCGCAAGCUCCGACGAUGGUCGGAAGCGCAAGGGCAAUGGCGCUCUCGACCGCAGAAAGAAGGUGACGACGACGAACGGCAAGAACGCGAACACUUCGAAGCCUCGACCAUCCAACGUGACCGCUUUUGGCACCGACACGACCGAUUAUGACACUGAUCCCGGCACCUACGAUACUGAAGCAAACAGCACGUAUGCCAAGCGAAUCUACGACCAGUUGCGAAAAGACAGAAUCCUCCCACCGAAAUGGCCAUCCGACCCCGGGAACCCAGCGUCCAAGGGCGCCAUGGCAAAAUACAGAGAGACAUCCAAGUCGUAUCGCGACCGGGGGCGCGCUUCCUUGAUGGCUGCUGGCCUGAUUGACGACCCCGACAAGCCAAAACGCCUGGAAGACGCCAUUGAUUUCAAGGGCAUCUGUGAGGAUAUGUGCCCCAAUUUCGAAAAGAUCACGCGCAUCACCGAGUUUGACGUGCAACAAGCCGAAAAGGACUCGCAGACGUCGUUUCCCGUCAUCAGCAAGAUGGUGAAGAAACUGGCCAGAUCGGCGGCAGGCCAGGAAGCUCCCCUACCAAUGGACGUUCGAUCGACUGCAGCGCUCCGCCGGACGCUCGACUACUUGGUGGACGACCUCCUCGAGGACGAAGACAAUCUGCCAGUCCUGCACGGCUAUCUCUGGGAUCGCACACGAGCCAUUCGACGCGACUUCAUCUUCCACUCAAGCAUGAGCGCCGAAGAGAUGAAGGACCAGGUCUACUGUCUCGAGACAAUUGCGCGUUUCCACGUCACUUCGCUGCACCUGCUGUCCCGCCCCGACGUGACGCCAGAGGACUUUUCGGAGCAGCAGGAGAUUGAACAGCUCGGCAAAGCAUUGCUUUCACUGAUGCACGCCUACGACGACAGCAAGGCGCAAGGCCUUGUUUGUGAAAACGAAACAGAGUUCAGGGCCUACCAGCUUCUCUUCAGCGCCAAUCAACCAAAUAUCCUCGACAACGUCCAGCAGGAAUGGGCGAACCCUCGACUAUGGAAGGACUCUGACGAGAUUAGAACCGCCGUCUCUCUAGUCGAGGCGUUGCAGAGCACUACUGAUUUGCAUGGUCCUAUGGGUACCGCGCCGCACCUGGCAGUGUCAGGAGCCUACAACACGUACUUCAAGAUCGUCGAGAACCCCGAAGUGUCCUAUACCAUGGCCUGUUUUGCGGAGAUUCACUUUGGCCAGCUGCGGCGAUCGAUGCUCAAGACCUUACGACGAGCUUACUGGAGACCGAAAGUUUUGGCGAGGGACAUCACGCCCGCAUUGCUAAAUACCUUCCUGAGGUUCGACACCGAGGACGAAGCAAUCGAUUUUGUCGAGGAACACGGCAUGAGCUGGGUCCCUCUUGAGGAUUCGCCGGACGAUGAAUACAGGCAAUACCUGAGGACGACCGAUGGUAUGGAGUUCCCGCGGCUUCAUCACACAACCUCAGAAACCAUUGUGGAGAAGAAGCGAGGCUCUCGAAGUCUUUCCGAAGUUAUCCACCGCUCAGUAUACGAAGAUCCUUCAGCAACGGCGGCUUCAAACCGGUCCGGCACUGAGAAGCCAUUCUUGCGGAGUACAGCAAAGUCUCAGAGCACGCCUAAUGCUUCGGCGUUGCAGGGCUUUCAGAAGCUGACAAACGGUUUCGCAACUACCCAACCAACAGAAACCCCCUUCAGCCAAGGUACUAUUGUCUCUUUGUGGCACCUCAAUUGGGGGACCUUGACAAAGAGAUGUGAGACUGACUUGUGUUCUAGUAUCAUCCAAUGGAUUCGCAAAAACCAAUGGCGGGACCACUACAAGUCCAUUUUCCACGCCCUCCUUUGGCCAGCCUUCAAGCACCACUCCUAG